GUAUCUAUCUAUUCUAUUCAAUUCUACGGAUGGAUGUCCGAGAGCUCUCGGAAGCCUCACAUUCAGUCUGCCGGCAUCGUUUCUUCUAAUUAGAACGUCAAUUUAAGCGUAUAUGGGCAAACGCGUAUUCAUUGCGAAAUAAAAUAAAACAAAAGUCAAAAAAAAAAAAACUGUAACAAACAGAGAAGAAUCUUGGAAAACAUAUAAUCGCAAUUAAAUUUUUUGCAUAAAGUGGAACGUCUUCUGACUUUUGCGACGUUGUUAAGUGAAGCUGCUUUAGAAUUGUUGAUCUAUAUAUUCCAUUAUCAUAUAAUUCUCCUAUAUACUAAUCUAAUAUGGUCUAUGAGUCAUCCUACGAGACUGGUCGAAAGCCCUUCACUCCUGAUCUGCAACGCGGAAAAUGGGAAAAACCAACGGAUUUUAUUUUUGCAUGCUGUGGCUUGGCCCUCAAAUUGGAUAUAUUUGUGGUUUCCUAUUGGUUUUACUUUGACAUGGGGUUAUUUGGCAUAUUACCGUACUAUUUCUAUAUGGCAGUAUAUAUGGUGCCACUUUUGGUCAUCCAUUCCUUUAUGGGUCAGUUCUCAAGCAGCGGUUUUAUCUCCGCCUUUCGUCUAUCGCCGUUCUUUAAAGGUAUGGGCUAUGUGAGUGUCUUCUUGAGCAUUGCAAGUCUGCUCUUUUAUUCCAUCUUUGCGAUCGUUCCCCUUGUUUUUAUACUACAUUCCCUGCGACCAACUAUGCCCUGGAGUUGCGAGGGAUUGGGGAAUGUGGGAAAUCUAACGACUAUAUGUGACAUGAAUAUUUCGGAAUCAGACGCCAUUUCAACACUCGCGAAUGAAACCAAUUUCGAUGUCUUGCAUACAACUGAAACUCAUAUACCUUCAGUGCUAUUUUUCAAGCAACACUUUGAGUCAUUGGGCGGUGGCUUCUUCACUGUAGAGGAAGACUCACAGUUUUCAUGGACUAUUGUGGGAUUCUCAGCAAUGAUCUGGGGGAUAAUCGCAUGCUUAUUCUGGAGUUUCCCGGAGGCUGCUAAGUUUGGCAAGCUACUACGUUAUUUGAUUCUGUCAGCAUUGAUUCUACUGUCGUUAUGCUUGGUGCGAUUUCUUUUUCUACCCGGUGCUUUAGAUGGUCUCUUGCACUUUGUGAAACCCCAAAUGCACUCUAUGGCAAAUGGUGGCGUUUCGAUGACGAUUGUGGUGUUGCAGGCCUUUGGAUCUGGAUGGGGAAGCGUCAUGUCUCUGUCCAGUUUCAAUAAAUUCAAAACUAACAUUAUGAGAUAUAGUUGGAUAAUUGCUUUUGGACAGACACUCGUCUACAUUCUUUUCGGGAUGGUUAGCUUCAUAUUGAAUCACUACUUUCGAGAAAUGAGUGUCUCCAGCUACGAUUUAUAUAUCGAAACUAAUUGGGUUCUGUACUUAUCGAGUGCCAGUGCUUUGGCCUCACUGGAAUGGGCCAAUCUCUGGACAAUUAUAUACUACUCAAUGUUGCUGAUUUCUUCGCUAAUUGUGAUGAUAACUCAAAUUUUUACCGUACUUACGAGUCUCUUCGAUGAGUUUGAGUUUCUUCGAGUGCAUAAGCAAAGGGUCACCUACGGACUCAUAGGAUUCCUAGCUUUCUGUUCGUUAUUGUUUUGCACGAAUCAUGGUGUUGUAUUUUCCUCCGCCGUAUCCCUAGAUGCGAUUUUAACAUAUAGCGUUAUGCACUUGUUACUAAUACUUGCGGUUCUAUGGAUCUAUGGAAGAGAGCGUUUCCAGCGAGAUAUUGAAUUCAUGCUGGGACAACCUUUUGCGUCUUGGAAAGUCUUCAUAUUGCGCUAUAUAGCUCCACUUUUUCUGAUAUAUACUUUGCUGGUGGGAUUGUUUAUAUCAUCCAUGGAACAUAUUUACCAGUCGACUCUUGUGUUAUUUAUCAGUCUGAUUCUGGUGGUAUUGCCACUGCUAUUUAUUCCUGGAUAUGGAAUGUAUAUAACUUAUCAGAAUACAGGAGGGUUUUGCAAUCGUUUCAGACGUGCUUGUCGACCAACCGAUUGGUAUCCCCAGGAAAUGGAAAAUCGACAGCAAUAUGAGGAGGUUGUUGGCAACUCUGAUUUGACUCAUCAGUUGUAUGAAGUAACCGAGGAAGUUAAUUGAUAUUAUAUAUAUUUACAUUGCAUUAUUUUCUGUGUAAAAAGACAUAGUGUGACAGAAUACUAGGUGCAUUUGUAUUUGUAUCUGAAAUAUAUGUGUAAAAAAAUGAUAAGUAAGUAAUAAUAAUUGCAAUACGCGCA